AUCAAGACUCAUUUCGGUUUUCUGUGUUCUGAUAAUUGAUUGUUUGAAAAGUUUGGUUUUUGAAUAAUGGGUUGUGCUUCUUUUUUAUUUUUGUUAAAAAAAAUUAUUUUUUUAUUUUUAUGUUUUUGUGGAUAAAUGAUCUUGUUUCUGAGGUGGAUGGAAUCUAUAAAAAGGAAAAUCCUGUUUCUGAGCCUAAAUCUGAGGAAGAUUUCUAUGGCUAAGAAUACGGUAGUGUUUGAUUUUGAUAUUUUAGGAUUAAGAUUUGUGGUUUAGUCAAAAUUUGUUUAUAGAUUCUGUACUAAUGGUUUAAAUAAGCGAUUAUUUCAAGUUUGAUUUUUCUUUUUUAUGUGAUUUUUGUAUGUUUAUAUUUAUCUAAGGGCUAUCAUUUUGGGAUAAUUUUAAUCUUUUUCUGAUUUUGAUUUUGGAGAAACCCAAGUUGAGGUUUCUCCUUUCCUGGACUUGUCUCUAUUGUUUGUGUGUUUGGAGUUGCAUUCUUUUAUUGUUGAUUGUGUAGUUCUUUCUUUAAACUUUAGUUUUGUGUUUGUUCAUGAAAGCCAAGAAAUGUGUAUGGCCAAGAGAAUAUGAAGCUUGGUAGAAUACGCGUCUUUAAUGUUCGAUGAAAUGUGCUACCCAUUUUUUGGCUGAGAUUUGAGCAAAAGGAGAUUCAAAAUUGUUGGUUGUAGUUGCUGUUUAUUAUGUUAGAAUUUAAGAGGUUCCUUCCAAGAUUGCGAGUCCAAGGAAAGGAAGAUGCAUUGUGCGCCUCAACCAAAAGGUAAUGAUAGUCCAAAAGUUUCAGAAGCAGGAAAGAAUUCCAAAUCAACAACAUAUCAGCAACAAGACAAAGUUACAUCUCUGGAAGUCACAAAACAUUCUCAAGGAUCUUCUGUUUCAAAGAUCAACUCUGAUAGUAGGUGUGCGAUCCUUACAUUCCUUAGUGUUGAGCCUGAUGGAACCUGGAGAAUUCUCGCCGUUCCAGUGCAGUGUCUCAAUCACAUUAACCUAGCUUCUGGAAUUAAUAUGGAUGGUCUGCAACUUCUUUUCCCUCCACCAGCUCCUCUAAACCGGUCGAAGAAAGAUCAAUGCAAGGGGUCUAGAGGACAGGUGCCUCUGAGUGCUUAUACGGCCAAAUCAUAUGAAAGAAGUUAUAACGGUUCAAAUAAUGUUCGUCGUAGAUGUCAAAAUAAAGUAGCUAACAAAGCUUGUAAACUGAAAGAACUUCCUGCAGAUUCUUGUGCGCAAAGUUCGGUAGUUAGUAGUAGCCCUAGCUUGUCACCUCAUAGUUCUGCCACUGUUAUUUCAUCUGAUAAGUGGAUGAGUAACACUUACGAAGAUAAGUCGUCGAAGAAAAGCUCGAGAAAAAGAGCAAGAAAGAAACAGAUAAAGAACCAAUCAAGUGAAAGUGGAUCCAAUGAUAGAGAAGUUCGUUCGGAAGAAUACGGGUGUGUAAGUUUGACUUCUGAAACUUGCAGCAGCAAUGAUGUGGAUACAACUGCCCCGGAAUUUUCAUCUUCCGACGAUAGGUUCAUGAAAAUUGAUUGUGAAAGGAAUGAGAUGAAUGACAAAGUCAAUGUUAUGGAUGCACCAAAACGCUGCGACCCUCGUAUCGAGGAGGCAGUAAUGUCAAAAGCUGAAUCAAGGAGUCAGCUACAUGAUAAAGAAUCAAAGGAUAUUCAAGACGUUGAGCUAUCCUGUUUUAAUGAUACACAAGACACUUUAGUGUUGGAUUCAGUUUCGAUUGGUUCAAAAAGCGAUGAAAGUGUCUAUGGCGCUCAUAUAGGAAAACAGUCCAACAAGGCAAGUUGUGGAGAUGAGUAUUUUCUCGGUCAAGGCUUAACGAACGGUUUUCGCAAUAACUCUGAACAUAACGAGGAAAUAAGGAACGGCGGUCAAAAUUGCGUUGUCAAUGAUAAGAGAGUUCAGCAUAAGAGAACGAUGUCCAAGAGUUCAAGUUUCAACAAAUUCACAGGCAUUCAAAACGGUCGAACAGGGAAGGAAAACAGUCAUUCUGUAUGGCAAAAGGUUCAGAAGAAUAGUUCGAGUGAAUGUGGUGGUGAUUUGAAAAAAAUAAGCACACCUUCGUCACAAUUCAUUUCCACUACUGACAAGGAUACUUCAGCUAUAAAAAACAGUAAUUCUGUUGUUGCAAAUGUUGUUUCAGGAGGAGAGGUUAAAAAACAAGCGAAAAGUAAAGCCGGUCGGAAAUCAAAAGGGAAAACAACAGACUUGGUUAUGAAAAAAGGACCCUGCAAUUAUUCUAGGAAGGGUUCCAAUUAUAACCGGACCGUGUUAAACGAUAACAUGAAGGGUAGUAUUCAACAGAAUGAUUCUUCAAGUAUCUCGUCUCAGGAAAUUAAUCAUCAAGGAACGGUAAUGGAGUUUCAGACCAAUGGAGUUAAACAAGAAUCAUCUGAAAUAGUUCAUAAUGAACAGUUUCAUCCGGUGGAGUCCGAUAUCCAGAAAAAUUCCCAGGAGCCAAAGAAUGAAAGUAUAGACAUUCAAUCUCAAGUUUCUUGUUCUGAUGAGCAGUCUCAAGUUUCCUGUAAUCUCUUAGAUGAUCAAGUUAGUCAAACAUUGAAGGAAGUUUCUUCUGCUGAUUACUACGUUCAAAACCACAGUUCUGGAUCUUCACAAUGGAAAUGGAUACCAGUUGGGAAAAAAGAUACUGGAAGGACCAAAUCUGAGUCAGAAUAUUCUGACGAACCAACUAGUAAAAAUUUCGAAUCGGAAAACACUCUCAAACCAAAAACUGAUUCAUUUUCUCAAAAUCAGGAUUCUUCACCAAAUGCAGUUACAUGCAUUGGUCAGAUCGAGGGUGAGAGUCAUAAACUUGAUGAGGAGAUUUCAGGUACACUGGCCGAGCAUAGGGACAAACAUGAAGUAGCUAAUCACAUGAUUUAUGAAUGUGAGAAUCAAUAUAUUUUUGAAAACGAUUCGUAUAGAAUUGCUCAAGCUGUGAAUGAUACCUUCAGGGUUCAAUUAGCUUGUGAAGUAGUACACAAGGCGACUGGUGGACCGGUUGCAGAGUUUGAAAGACUACUUCAUUUUUGCAGUCCUGUUAUUUGUCGAUCACUUGAUUCACUCCGUUGUCUGACGUGUUCUCAAAACUACUCUGUUGGUACCACACUGUGCCGACAUGAGAUACCUGAAGUAUCUUUGGGGUGCUUGUGGGAGUGGUAUGAGAAACAUGGUAGCUAUGGGUUAGAGAUAAGGGCUUGGGAUUAUGAAAAUCCGAAGACAUUCGGCGGUGUCGGUCAUUUUCCAUUUCGUGCCUAUUUUGUCCCUUCUUUAUCAGCGAUUCAGCUGUUUAAGAACCGUGAAAAUCGAUGUGUGAACAGCAAUGCAAACUUUCCAAAUUGUAAGGUUUCUGAAGACUCCUUCACUCCUAUCAAUGAUGGUUCUAAUCCAUAUACCGAGUCUAGUACUUCUGGCGAUUUAGAACUUCUUUUUGAAUAUUUUGAAUGCGAACAACCUCAACAAAGACGACCUCUAUAUGAAAGGAUACAGGAGCUGAUUAGAGGUAACGUACCGAUCCAAUCCAAAACUUAUGGGGACACAACUAAACUGGAUUCAAUAAACCUGCAAGAUCUUCAUCCUAGAUCUUGGUACUCAGUUGCAUGGUAUCCUAUUUACCGUAUACCAGAUGGCAACUUUCGUGCAUCUUUUCUGACUUACCAUUCACUUGGACAUUUGGUUCGUAGAAGUUCAAAUUCUGAUUCGCCAACUCUAGAUUCUUGCGUAGUUUCUCCAGUUGUAGGUCUUCAAAGUUACAAUGCACAGGGUGAAUGCUGGUUCCAGCUGAAUCAUUCUGCAUUGGCGGCAGAAAUGAUAGGCAUAAACCCUUCAAUCUUUCUUAAAGAGCGAUUGAGAACACUUGAAGAAACAGCGUCUCUUAUGGCAAGAGCGGUUGUAAACAAAGGGAACCAAGUUUGCACAAACAGACAUCCAGAUUAUGAGUUUUUUCUGUCUAGGCGGCGAUAUUGAGAUUUAUUCAUAACAAAUAAUUACAAGCAGGCCAAACUAGUCGCAAAUAAUUUUUGGCUACAUUUUCCUAUUGGACAUCACAUCUGAAUUAAGAUCAAUGUUUGCUUGGUCUUAUAAUUGCAUGUGUUUUUAGGUCCUAGUUGUUGGAUUUGAUUGACAUCUUUUGUACAUAGCUUUGUUCAUUACCAUUUUUUUUCACUCUUACAAUUUUAGCUCAGUUUUGUUCCUUUGGUAGAAAGGAAUAAGGAAUAUGUAGUGCUGAUUUUGAGAUAUUAGUAGUAAUUUCUGAAUA